AUGCCUUCCCAGCAGCCGGAAAUGGACUUGGAGGGACACGAGGAUCACUUGGAAGAGCACCUUCGGCUGCACCCAGAGUUGAUGUUCUUCGAUGCGCUGCAAGAGGACGCAGAUCAGGGCACUUUGGGCAGCACCUUUCGCAGCCCGAGCCAUGGACCGCGGAAGCCGCCGGCGCCGAUGAUGAGUUUCAGCUCCUUCUCCAGGAAUACCUCCUGCAGUUCCUUCCAGGAUGCCAUGAGUGAGUGGGAACUGGAAGCCCCCGCGUUGCCACCCCCCAGGUCCUCCCGUCCCGGGCCGGAGCUGCAGCGGCCGCUGGACCUGCUGGGCAUCCUGCUUUGUGCCGGCAGCACCGCCUUCGCCAUGCCUGCGCCCAUGGAGGCGAGUGAUGCUAUGCCGAUCCUACUGAUGAUUUUUGCCUUGGCUGCGAUUGUCACUUCACUGUGGCCACCCAGGCUUCGCACGGCUUCUUCGUUGAUCGCGGGUGGCUACCUUUAUGUCCCCUGGUGCAAGUGGGCUUUGGCUGGGCGUGAAAAGAUGGUACGGGUGGAAUUCCUUAUAUCCUUCACUGGAGUGGAUGGCUGCGGGAGUCGUUUGUCGGUGAAGAGCGAGGGGGUACAGUUGGCCCUGGCUCUCUCCAGUGCUCUGUGGGGUUUGCAAUUUGUGGAGUUCCGGAGUCGCUUGACGCUGGGCCUGGGCUUCAUUCUCUUGAGCUCUGGUCAGUUGUUCAUGCACUGGGCCUCCAGUGCACCCAGGCAACCCAGGUCCCAUGCGGCCAGGACCUCCAAGAUCCUGCGAAGCGAAGUCUGUGCAGUGGUGUCGCGAAACUCACAGGAGCCCUGGUUCUUCUCUGCCGCGGUCAUCGCAGCCACACUGGGACUUGAUGGAAGAUACCUGGGCCUACACGGUUUGGACCUCACGGCUGGGCACCCGGCGCGCAAGGCACGGCCCUUGCUGCUGCUGCUGCUGCUGGCGCUUCUGCCGUUGGCCUUGGGAAUGCUGCAACGCAGUCCGGGGGGCGAGUCGCGGACGAUGAAGUGGACCUUCGUGGCCCUGUCCGUGGGCUUUGCCAUGUGGAACCCCAGUGAGGAGCCGGUGGCGUUCUGGGUACAUCCAGAGGACGGCUCGUUGAGUGCCCUGGCGGUCGGCCAUGCACUGAUGUUGCACCUGCAACUGGCGGCGGUGCCAUUGCUAUCAGCCUCGGUGAGUGGAUGCUGCCAUGAGACGCGCGUGGGUGCCAGGCGUGCCAGCGCCACCGCCUUAGUGGCCGUGGUCUUCCUGGCAGACCGCCUCGCGAAGUGGCUGCUGCCACAGCCCUCGAAAUGGACGGCGGCCGGCUGCAACGCGCUGGCGGCGCUGCUGUGCCUCAGCUUCCCCGAAGCCAAGCGCCCGCGUCUCUCCGAGUGGGCCGAGGGCUACGCCGGGCUGCGCGCCGCCGCGGAGCGCGACGGCUUGGCGCUGAACGGCAUCGGGCGGCCGCGGAACAACGGGAGGACGCCCGAGCUCAGGCAGUCCAUGUCCAAGGAGAUUGUUGGGGGCCUUCGACGGCUGAGCCAGAGAUUGCUGAAACCACCCAUGGAGGAGCCUGAAGAGGUACACGACCCCAGCUUCUGGAACUAUUUGUUGCAGGAGCUGUGGCCCAGUCUGCGCGGGAUGAUCGAAGAAGACAUCCUGAAAGGAGAGGUCCAGUCAGUGCUGCAGGAGAAUGUCACUGCCGCGCUGAAGUUCGAUAGUGCCUUCCUGGGGCGGGAGCCGCCCAAGGUCCACUCACUACGAAUGGUCUCAACUCAGAGGCCCGAGCACACCAUUCUCUUAGUGAUGGACACGGAGUUCGUCGGCAAGGAUGUGAACUUGACGCUGAAGCUGACCCUGGGCAGCUUCAUGGGUUUGUCCUUGGGCGUCUCGCAACUCUCGCUGCGUGGCACGCUCUUCUUGGCCUUCCGACACCUUACGCCGCACCUGCCGUGGCUGGGCUGGCAAUGGGCUGGCAGAACUGCUAGACUUUUGAGAGAAAAGUAUGGUGAAUCCCUUUUCUUGGCCAGAAAAGAUGAGAAAAUGCUGGUAAUGGAAGUUGCGGCUGCCGAGAGCUCACUCAUUCAGAAGCAGCUGUCAGUGCACGAGACCCAAAAGGUCGCAGUCCAUCCAUGGGAUGAGCGCGUCUUUGUGGUUGGAACGAACCACAAAGCAGGCAGCCAAUUGCUUCGCAACACCAUGGCCCACGCCUUUGACCUGCUGGGUGCAACCGUGAGUUGCAGAUAUAUGCACCAUGACCCAAACGGCAGCGUUGAUCAUAGUGUGACCAGCCUGAACGUGGACAAUGAAUGUGAUCUCUUCCCAGCUCCCAUCCGAUUUCACAACCACAUCAACAAAGAAGACAUCUUGCAGCUGCGACAGGAAGUUCACAGCGUGAAUGCUGGUCUCCGGGGUGUGAUGAUUGUCCGGGACCCUCUGGAGAUGGUGGUGUCAGCAUAUUGUUAUCACCACCGGGGGGCCGAACCCAGAAACCCCAUAGAGAUGGGAAUGAUGCAGAUGGCUCCAGAGGAGGGUGUGCCCAAAAUGGCUCUGCGGAUGCUACCGAUUCUUCAGCUCAUGCUGGGUGCGUAUCAAGUCAGUGCGCCUGAUAUCUUGGUGGUCCGCUAUGAGGACUUGACUCAUUCUCCUGAACGGUUUGAUUCGACCGUUGAACAGAUUAUGGAUUUCUUAUUUGGAGAUGAGAUUAGUGACCUGCAAAGGGCCUUGAUCAAAAGGGCUGCUCGAGUGGAGGAUCUCAACCGAGCUCAUGAUUUGGGAGUUUCGGCAGACAACGACGUCAACCACACCAGUGAUGAAGACGAAAUGACUGCUGCGAGAGCAGCUUUGUCAUUGAUCUCCCCAGAGGUCUAUGCAGAAUAUGUAAAGUUUCGAGAAGGGUUAACACAAGGCCUGGCCGUGAGCUUCGCCAACCCGCCCUCGCUGGAGUUGGAGGUCACGACACCCUCCGCUCUCUCGAUGCCCUUCCUGCCGGAACGGGCAAGAGCCGCGUUGAUUUCCGUGAUUUCGUCCACUUUGGCCCAUCAGAUGGUGUUGCCAAACCGGAUCCCUUUACCCUUUGGCACACUUUGGCCAUUAGAUCGGCUGCAACAUGCGCGUCCCGAGGGGGUGUUGACCUGUCGAGUUUUGGGAGCCUGUGGUGUAGUCACCAGCCACGGUCGACCCUUGAGCUGCACCCUUCAGCUGGGCGCCUCUUCGUGGAGGAGUCACCCCACCGAGAGCGAAGAUGGUGACUUCCUAUGGGACGAACAGGUUUUUCUGAUGGUGGACCACCUGGAUCAACAGUUGUUGCUGGUCCAGUUGCAAGAGCGACACACCUGGAAUCACGACCGGGUUUUCGCACAUCAGGGAAUCUCCAUCAAAGAAGUGAUCGAACGGAGCAGAUGGCAACACAUGCCCAGUUGGUCGCUGCAGGCCGCUGGCAGCGAAGGCACCACACAGAUGCUUCUGUCGGGCGCAUUUCAUCCAUUGACUCGCAAACGUGGCAAUUUCUACAAAGAUUUGGGUUCCUUACUCCUGGUGACGGUGGAUUGUGCCAGGCACAUUCCUCCGGAGCUGGAGGAUCGACCCCUGAUGAUUCGCUGCUCGGUGGCGCCUGGCAACGCCGCUGGCGGAUCAACACCGGCGGCGCAGAGCUUUCCGGUGAGAUGCUCGCGGAUCAGCCCUGUUCAGGCAGGCCAAGCCAUUGUGGAGCGCUUGUUGAUGUGCAAUUUCGACCAGACUGCCCUGGCGGUGCAGAUUGCGGGCGACUCGAGUGAUGAGGAGGUGGAUGUGAAGAAAGCCUGGGAAGCCUAUGUGGAAUCUGACGAGGACCGUUGGCGUGAACGCCUCCUGCAGCUCCUGCAGCUGUCGAGCGGUGGCCGCGGUGCCCGGGCGUCAACGAAGGACCUCAAGGCCUGGCUGGACAGAGACCGUGAUGGCUGCAUCAAAAAGAUGGCGAUGAUCCUGGAGUUACCCGUCUGGUGCCAGCCACGUCUCGGCAAGUUGCUGGACGACCUUGCAGAAGCCGUUCCGGAGGCGCAAGCGGCGCAAGCGCUUUGUGUGGAAUGCCACUGGCGGCAGCAGUUGCGGGUGAUGGUCAAGAGCCCUCGUGAGCAGGAGCUCAUGGUGGAAAUUUGUCAAGUCCACCGCAGGGCAGAUCCGGAGAUGAUCGGCGUGCUGCGUCAGCCCUUGCGUGCGCUCACCGAAGCGCCGCACAUGACGGAGCCCAUGGCGCCACGUCCGGCCUGGCGGCUGGGCGUCGUUCUUGGGGUUUUGGGAGGGUUUUUUUGA